AUGCCACCAACAACAGAACCCCCAAACAUCUUUCCCCCCCAAACAACAGAACCGCCGUCGACUGUGCCACCAACCCCCAAAAUUGCCACCAAACCACUGCUUGACACUAAUCAGCACAGUGCCACCAACACAGAAUCGCAGUCAACUGUGCCACCAACUACCACAGUAUCACUACAACAAAACCGCCGACAACUGUGCCACCAACCACACAGUGCCCCCAACAACAGAACCAACGACAACUGUGCCACCGACAACAGAAUCACCGAAAAUGUGCCACCGACAACAAAAACCGCCGAAAACUGUCCAAAAACAACAGAACCGCCAACAACAGAACCGCCGACAACUGUGCCCCCAAACCACCACAGCCCCUCCAAAACAGAACCACCGACAACUAACGCCGACAACUGUGCCUCCAACACAAACCGCCGACAACUGUGCCUCCAACACAGAACCGCCGAAAACUGUGCCUCCAACAACAGAACAGCCGACAACUGUGCCACCAACCACCACAGUGCCUCCACAACAAACCGCCGACAACUUGCCACCAACAACAGAACCACCGUCAACUGGUCUACCACCAGCACAGUGCCAUUAACCAGCACAGUGCUAACAACGAAUCGCCGCCAACUGUGUCACCAAACCCAGUACAGGGCCACCAAAAACAAAAUCACCAUCAAUUGUAAAAUAAACCACCACGGUGCCACCAACAACAGAAUCGCCGACUGUGCAACCAACCAGCACAGUGCCACCAACAGAAUUGCCAUCACUGUGAAACCAACUAGCGCAAUGCCAUCAACAACAGAAUCUACCACAAUACAGUUAACAAGCACAGUAUCAUCAGUAACUUCAAAACCACCAACUCCCAAAAAUUGCUGCCUCCAACGCCACUCUCACAGCUCUUCAAAGACCAAUAAAGCCCUGCAACGAGUCAUUGAAGCCAUCGAGCAACCCACGGGCAAUUCCGGAAGGAAGCGGCGAUCGCUUACUUACUCUAUCGAUCAAGAUGGCGAAAAACUGUCACGGUCGAUCCUAUUAAAAACAUCACGUCCGGCGUCGAAGCAGCAAGCAGCAUCGUGGGAGACCAAGCCCCAGUCGGUUCAUUUUGCUCGUCAAUAUUUUGCAGACCCAAAAACAAAUAAAAGGGAUGAGCUUGCCCAAGUGGAGAGCCAACUAGCAGCAACAACAGUAGAAAACCAGUACACAAAGUUUUAUCGUGUCUGGUGCGUUGCGACCCCCAAAGUGUUCACUUCCUUGACUUACAUGGAGAUUAUAAAAAGGAAAAUGGAGGUUACGUUGGACCCUCCAACACGACCAUUGAGCAACCAAACAACCACUGAUGAACCAACAACCCCUGUGUCUCCAACGACCUCUGGAAAACCAAACAAUCACUGA